CAAAACUCGCUUUCCGAGCAAAAAGUGGACAGUGAAGACUUUAUCCAAACAGAUGUCUGCCCCAAAGUUGGAGAUGUCAUCUUGGAUUUAGGCUGCGGUACAGGAGAACUGUCUUCAUACCUAGCUGAGCUGGUAGGACCCGAAGGAAAAGUUAUUGGUGUCGAUCCUGAUAAGGAGCGAAUUCAGCUGGCCAAAGAGACUCACAAUCAAAUCGAGAAUCUCUCAUUCGCAGAACGAAGUGCUAUAAACUUCCGAGGAAUUGGCGCUGAAGUCUACGACAUCGUUUUCAGUAACUAUGCUCUUCAUUGGAUGGGUAACAAGCAACAAGUCUUCAACAACAUGUUUGACAGUCUUAAGGUUGGUGGAAAAGUAGCAGUUCAAUACAUGUCCUAUCUGCCCUGUUUGAUUACAACGCUUACGUGCUACUGAACCCGGAGAACGCAGAGCGUAUUUUUUUGUUUGUUUCAUCUUGAGUCAAAGACGAAGAUUGAUCGGUAUUGUUUAUUGGCGGGAUUUGAAAUCAUUCGGAGUUUUGACAUCCACUGCAAGGGGCCUGUCUUCGAAACCGUUCAGGAGUUCCUCGAGUGGCAAUGGUCGACUACAUGUGGCCUGUUUGAUCCUUCACUUGUCACUGACGGGGGACUGCAAAAGUAUCUAGCUCCAUACACUGAUAAAGACGGAGAGCUCUCUCUUGACUUUCGAGGAUCGAAACAUGAAAAGGUUACUGCUUGCCGACUGACAGUCGUUAAGAAAGACAAAGAAUAUUCAUAAAGAAAAUUACACUCUUUACAGUGUAUAACUCUGUUAUGUUUCUUUGUGUGGUCCACCUAAACAAUUCGCGAGUGCAGUGUAUAAACUGUUUUUGAACAAUAGUCUCACCGCAGCAUGGACCGUUUGACUUUUAGUUUCUCGUGCGGGAAAUUUUUUUCAACAGUCUCAUCCAAUUACAGACUCUGACUUUUAGUUGAAAAACUCGAAGUUUAUGCCCAUGGGCACUUAAUACAGUAAUUCAUUGAAUGAAUGUAAAUUAAAUUUAAACAACAAGUAUUUUUCACUAACAAAAAAUACAGUACAUCUUUUAUUGGAACUUAGCCCUAGCCACGACUGGUUUCCCCCCAAAAUGAAAACCACUGGUGGAGUCGCGAAUUGGCUUAUGGAAACUAAACCCUUCAAAAUUUGCAAUGAACAGUGAAAUUUUCUACGCAACCUAAAAUAAUUAUUAAUAGCUUUUUCGCCUAACUAUAUCCAACAUAAAAGAACUUUCCAGGAAAGCAGUAAAAUACUUUGGACUUAUAAAGGAUAGAUACAUCGACAAAAUUCGCCCGAAAAAAUAAAAAAGCUCUUCAGAUACCGACUUUGACUAUUAGUUGAAAUAACACGCACUUUAAAUACCCCCCCUCCCCCCGUAAUAGGCAUCGCCUUUGAACGUGUGUUUAUAUGUAUUAUACUACUACAUGAGAACUUUCUGCAAUUUGAUUGGCUGAGAGCAGUGGUAUUUCAGCUUACUCGGAAAUACCUAACCCUUUGCAGGAAGUAGUAUAAACAAAUAAUAGCAUGAUUUGUACGUGACGAAAUAUUUAGCAUAAAUACCAAUCUUGAUAUUUCAAAAUUGUCUCAAAUUUCACUCGCCUAACGACUCGUGAAAUUACGUUAUAACAAUUUCCAAAUAUCACUCGUGGUAUUUAUGCCAAAUAUCACUAGCAAUCAUGCUAUUACCUAUUCUAAUUUGUUAACAUCCCCGCUUGUAAUUAAAUCCAACCAUUAAAGUAUAUGCAAGUACAAACAGUACUAUCAGACUUCGUAAUCUUUUGUACUGCUGUGAUGUAGAAAAUCAGCUGUCUUUAAACAUCUUAUCUCCCAGACUCCAAUUGCUCAAAAGUCAGAUACUGCUAUCUACUGGAUUACUACUCCCUAUCAAAUACAUAUUAAGUGUUAGGGAAGCGAAUUGCAUUACACAGUGGAUAGUGAUUUAUCCAGUGGAUAGCAUUAUCCAUCUUUAAACAUCUAGAGCUUGGUUUGGUGUAUAUUGAAAUACAAAAUUAUUUUCAUUUGUCACAAAAAAUUAAGUCCUGGAUAGUUCACCAUGCCAAAGAGGCACGUUACAUAAUCUAAUAGCACUAUUAGCGGAAAACCUGUCACUACCAUUGUUCAGUAAUCUGUGCGGUCAUUUAAGGAAAAACUGAAAUUAAAAAUAUUCACAUCCUUACAUCAAAUGCAGCUUUGAAAGGUAAAAGUCGUGUAGGCCUACCACCGCCUUUCAUUGCUACGAAAAGUUGGAAGUGGAAAGUCGGAAACUGGAAGUCUGAAGUCGGAAGACCCUCCACGGCUUUCGGUAGUACAGGAAUCUGUCGUUGUGUACUAUUAUUGCAGUUUAUUACUAUGAACUACGUUUCAUUUCACGCUUUCCUGCUUUCAUCCCUGUAACUGGGCUGAAGUGUUCAUAUGAACCCAUCAGAGAGGACGAAGAGGCACGUUACAUAAUCUCCUAGCACUAUUAGGGGAAAACCUGUCACUACCAUUGUUCAGUAAUAGUAGUAUAGGGUGCACCGAAUUAGCCCCUUUUUUGGGGAGGAUUCUCAUUAAGGUGGGGAGGAAUACAUUAACGCCGAUGACGUCAUAGGCUAUUGUCUUGAUCUCAUGAAUAAAAUGCGCAGGAAUCUCAUAAAGAUAAGGUCAUGUGCUAUUUUAAGUUGGUUUAGGUUUUCUAGUUACUUUAAGGUCGAUAAACGUCUUCGUUUUCUAUUGGUUAGUUAGAAAAUAAGAAAAGUUUUCAUUGGUUAAUUCAUAGUGCCUGAAGAGUAAAGUCAAACUUGUCUCUGACUUAAAAUCACUGAGACGUAACGUAAUUAUGCAAGUUCUAUUUCCUGCUGCCGCGAUUGUCCUGGUUCCGGUUCACUGAUUUUUGGAAUUUAUUCCCAUUUUUCCCUCCUCCUCCUCCUCCUCCUCCACAUUUCUAUUGUUUUCCCUCUACCACCACCACCACAUUUCUAUUGUUUUCCCUCCACCACCACCACCACCACCACCACAUUUCUAUUGUUUUCCCUCCACCACCACCACCACCACCACCACAUUUCUAUUGUUUUCCCUCCACCACCACCACCACCACAUUUCUAUUGUUUUCCCUCCACCACCACCACCACCACCACCACAUUUCUCUUGUUUUCCCUCCACCACCACCACCACCACCACAUUUCUAUUGUUUUCCCUCCACCACCGCCACCACCACCACAUUUCUAUUGUUUUCCCUCCACCACCACCACCCCCACCACCGCCACCACAUUUCUAUUGUUUUCCCUCCACCACCACCACCACCACCACCGCCACCACAUUUCUAUUGUUUUCCCUCCACCACCACCACCACCACCGCCGCCACAUUUUUAUUGUUUCCCUCAAAAGGCCAAAGAGGCCAAAAUCAGGCCUAAAAGGCCAAACUCAAGGAGGGAAACAAUAAAAAUGUGGUGGCGGUGGUGGUGGUGGUGGUGGAGGGAAAACAAUAGAAAUGUGGUGGCGGUGGUGGUGGUGGUGGUGGAGGGAAGACAAUAGAAAUGUGGUGGUGGUGGUGGUGGUGGUGGAGGGAAAACAAUAGAAAUGUGGUGGUGGUGGUGGUGGUGGUGGUGGUGAUGGAGGGAAAACAAUAGAAAUGUGGUGGUGGUGGUGGAGGGAAAACAAUAGAAAUGUGGUGGUGGUGGAGGGAAAACAAUAGAAAUGUGGAGGAGGAGGAGGAGGAGGAGGGAAAAAUGGGAAUAAAUUCCAAAAAUCAGUGAACCGGAACCAGGACAAUCGCGGCAGCAGGAAAUAGAACUUGCAUAAUUACGUUACGUCUCAGUGAUUUUAAGUCAGAGACAAGUUUGACUUUACUCCUCAGGCACUAUGAAUUAACCAAUGAAAACUUUUCUUAUUUUCUAACUAACCAAUAGAAAACGAAGACGUUUAUCGACCUUAAAGUAACUAGAAAACCUAAACCAACUUAAAAUAGCACAUGACCUUAUCUUUAUGAGAUUCCUGGGCAUUUAUUCAUGAGAUCAAGACAAUAGCCUAUGACGUCAUCGGCGUUAAUGUAUUCCUCCCCACCUUAAUGAGAAUCCUCCCCAAAAAAGGGGUUAAUUCGGUGCACCCUAUACUACUAGUAAUCUGUGCGGUCAUUUAAGGAAAAAGUGAAAUUAAAAAUAUUCACAUCCUUACAUCAAAUGCAGCUUUGAAAGGUAAAAGUCGUGUAGGCCUACCACCGCCUUUCAUUGCUACGAAAAGUUGGAAGUGGAAAGUCGGAAACUGGAAGUCUGAAGUCGGAAGAACCUCCUAGGCUUUCGGUAGUACAGGACUCUGUCGUUGUGUACUAUUAUUGCAGUUUAUUACUAUGAACUACGUUUCAUUUCACGCUUAUAGAACCGAGUUAGUCUGCUCUCUCAUAUGAACACAUCAAAAUUUUUACAAAGGAUUUAGAGGCAAGGCGAGAUCUCGGAAACCGAGCCAGCCUGGUCAACCGGCUUCAUGUGAAGAGGCCCUUAAAAUAUAUGAAUAGUGCUGACAAGCCGCCAAGGUGUAAAACCUGACGACUGCGCUGAGGCGACAUGUGUGGCUGACGCUGUUAAGCAGGUCAGGCGUACCUCCCAAGAUUCUAUUAAUGAAUGAAAAGAAAUAUUAUUAUUAUUAUUAUUAUUAUUAAAAUAUUCAUUGACUCUUAAUUAUUGAAAUGGCUCUUAGUUGUUGAAUGAUUAGGACACCUCAACAUUGCCCUCUCCCAUUUGAUUCAUUACAAACUUCAUCACGAGCAAUGGACAAAUGCGCUUUAUGGGAAUCAAACAGAUCUCGUAGACAAGCUUUGUCGGUUUUUGAUGUGAAUAAAAGUAAUGUUUCUUCAUCGACUGAAUCGAUUUGCUGAAUUCCAUAUAUAUCUGGCUCAUAACAAAGUUGAUCAGGCUCUCCUCCCAAGUAUCUAAAUAAAAUGCAUUUGACUUUUUUUCUCUACUCCUUUCUCUUUCUGGCCUCAGAAGUUUUAGAUUUUGAGCCAAUGUGGUAAGCGCCCCGGUACUUAGCAAAUGCUUUGUCUAAAUCUUGGGUGGGUGGGGGGGGUGCGACGUUAUUUUUAACAUAACAGAGGGGGGUUAGAACUAAUUUUUUUUGUUUUGGAGGGGGGUACUGUCUAAGUUUUUGCUAGAUAACUCUAGUUUUCCAGCCCCCCCCCCCUCCUGAUAAUUAUUGCACAGUCCCUUAUCUGAAUUCAAAUUUCCCAAAAUUAACCCUAGCAGGGUUAUCUUUUGUACACCACACGGUAAAGAGUACCUCGUAAAAGGUACUGCUCACUGUAGCUUUUCCAUGAAUGGUCACACUUUAGGGUCAGUCUACAGAAUCAAAAGUUAGAACCCCUUAUUGUAAGGUAUAUUAAACCGUACAAAAGGAAAGUACUGCUCAGUAGCUUUCAUUGGAGUGGUUGCACAUAAACACCAUAGGAGAUUUCAUUCAGACUUAAAAGUUACCGUAUGAUAAACAACAUCACUGGAAAGUUUUGCUCCGCAUCGCUUGCAUUUGAGUGGUGGUCACACUGUAGCCUCUGCCUUGGGGGGUUUUAAUCUUAAAACAGAUCCUUAAAUAGCCAUUCAUUUCGCCUUUCUUUUUUUGUGUAAAAUUGUCGUUUCAAUAACUUUCCCCAGUAGCUUUGAGCUUGGCGCGUGUGGCACUCUAUGAGGGUUUUUUUUAGUAUAAAUUAACAGUGAUUUGUAAAUAGUAUUCGAUAUUUAGAAUCACCUUGACGGCAAACAUGAGAUUCAAGGCGACAAUUUGUCAAAUUACGAAAUAUUAAGGCGGAUAACAUUAACCUCAUUCUCCAAAUUCUUAUGGAUAAAACAGGCUUGGAGCUACUUACUUUUGUGUAGAUAUAAUGAACAGUAAACAACAACUAAAAGAAAAACUUGGUCAAGUGGCACAUAUUGACGUUUGGCUUUGCUGACGGGUAACAGUGGUUCUAAAUCUCUUAUUUUUCAAAAGUCGAGAAGGUGAUCUGUCCCGGCCAUUUUAAUUAGGCUUGUCGACCCAAAAAUUGGCAAGGCCAUGCAUCUUUAAAAGGCGGAAAAAAAAUACAAUACAAUACAAAAAUACUUUAUUUUGAGAGAGGAGUACGUGAUGAUCCUUAUGGUCCCUUUAUUCAAAUAAACAAAAAGGCCAAUAUGAAAAUAUAACAUUAUAAAAGGUUUGCUUGAAAUCAAGAUUAUAAUUAAUGAUUUCAAUAUGGAAUGUAUGCAAAAUACAGCUAUAAAAUUAAGAGAACUGAAAUAAAGAUACAUAUAAAGGGCGUAUAAUUCUGUUGUGAAGUGAAAUUUAAAUAGCUUAAUUUUCAUUGCUUUCAUUUUUUUUUUCGCACAUAGGAUUUAUAUGUAGAAACCUUUACCGUAUUCACCAGGAGAUCAAAACAGGCCGUUUUUGCCCUAAAAAAAUCACCUAUAAUUUUCGGGAGCCUUUUUUCUGGCUCAAAUUUUCGAAAAGGUAAGUUUUGAUCCCUAUAAUUUUUGGAUCACUAGACUUUCAGCUAGGAAAUCCGAAUAGAGGAAAAAAUUUUAGGGGAUAAAAAUAUGCCAAUAUCUACCGUUUAAAUACUAAAAUACGUUCAACAAUGCUUUGUUUGAGUGGUUUUGAAUUAUAUUCUCGUGAAAAUAGAACUCGGAUACAGUAAAGCACGUAGAACUUUUAAGUCACGUAGCGUGUUGAGAGACAAAUAUAUGCAUGCUUUGAUAGAUUCUAACUCUAUAAAUAAGCAAGCUUUUCACACUUUUGUCCAACUUCACCAUCCCAUUCGAUUUCUCAAAAACUUUUCGUCAACUCGUAAAAGAAAAUGCAACGGCGAAGUGCAGCUGAAGGUUACCAACAAAACUUGCUUUCCGAGCAAAAGGUGGACGGUGAAGACUUUAUCCAAACAGAUGUCUGCCCCAAAAUUGGAGAUGUCAUCUUGGAUUUAGGCUGCGGUACAGGAGAACUGUCUGCAUACCUUGCUGAGUUGGUAGGACCCGAAGGAAAAGUUAUUGGUGUCGAUCCUGAUAAGGAGCGAAUUCAGCUGGCUAAAGAGACUCACAAUCAAAUCGAGAAUCUUUCAUUCGUAGAGGGAAGUGCUAUAAACUUCCCUGACGCUGAAGUCUACGACAUCGUUUUCAGUAACUAUGCUCUUCAUUGGAUGGGUAACAAGCAACAAGUCUUCAACAACGUGUUUGAAAGUCUUAAGGUUGGUGGAAAAGUAGCAGUUCAAUACAUGUCCUAUCUGCCCCUGUUUGAUUACAACGCUUACGUGCUACUGAACCCGGAGAACGCAGAGCGUAUUUUUCGUUUGUUUCAUUUUGAGUCAAAGACGAAGAUUGAUCGGUAUUGUUUAUUGGCGGGAUUUGAAAUCAUUCGGAGUUUUGACAUCCACUGCAAGGGGCCUGUCUUCGAAACCGUUCAGGAGUUCCUCGAGUGGCAAUGGUCGACUACAUGUGGCCUGUUUGAUCCUUCACUUGUCACUGAAGAGGGACUGCAAAAGUAUCUAGCUCCAUACACUGAUGAAGACGGGGAGCUCUCUCUUGACUUUCGAGGAUCGAAACAUGAAAAGGUUACUGCUUGCCGACUGACAGCCGUUAAGAAAGACAAAGAAUAUUCAUAA